AGCAAACAAUGAGUAGAAAAUAAUAAUAAUUGAAUUCUUAUAAACAAGAUUUUGAUUAUGAUUGACAGUUGGAAUAUUUCAAUAAGAUAAUAACCUGAGGAUAAUUACGAAAAAAUUAGUAAUGUUAAUAUAUCGCUGCAGAAGAUAUAUUUCAAAACAUUUUUGUCAUUAUCGAAAUUUUCUUAUCUAUUCAGUAUAUAACUGAGUGCUUUUUGGUGAUGGGUAUCAUUAACGACGUUGACUUCGAAUUCUCAAGUGCAUAUUACAGUCGACAAGAUGUUCUACUGGAUCAUAUCAGCAGCGUUGAUCGCAAGUGCAUCGGCGUCUCCGUACAGAAAUCCGCCAUGCAACUGGGCUAUUAUGUGCUCUCCAAGCCAAAUCAACACCGUCAGCGGGGAUGAUCUGAUAACCAUGAACACUUAUCAAACCAUCCCCAUGCCUGUAAGUCCUGUGGACAAUUCAAAAACCGAAAUUUCGACAAGUACUAAAACGUCUUCCGGUAACGCAGAUUUUGAUUCCUCCCAAAUCAAAUAUUUCAUGGACUAUUUUAACCACACUGUAACCACGUCCGUCCCACCUACAACUACAAUUACUGAAGCACCAAAGCCCCAAUUCUCAGAAGCUGAGAUGGAAAUGAUUUUUAAAUCUUUUACGAGAUACUUCAAAGAUUAUUUUUUUUCCGCAAAAGCUCCAUCUACGACCACAACUGAAGCUACAGAACCUAAAACCAACCAGUACCGUACAAUCGAUACUAAAAUUUUGAGAGGACACACCAACUCUUCCGGUAACGCAGAUUUUGAUUUCUCCCAAAUCAAAGAUUUCAUGGACUAUUUUAGCCACACUGUAACCAAGCCCGUCCCACCUACAACUACAAUUACUGAAGCACCAAAGCCCCAAUUCUCAGAAGCUGAGAUGGAAAUGAUUUUUAAAUCUUUUACGAGAUACUUCAAAGAUUAUUUUUCUUCCGCAAAAGCUCCAUCUACGACCACAACUGAAGCUCCAGAACCUAAAACCAACCAGUACCGUACAAUCGAUACUAAAAUUUUGAGAGGACAGACCAACUCUUUCGAAAACUCCCAAAAAAUUUCGGGCAAAUUUGCCGGCGAGGAAAAAUUCGACUCUAUGGCUUGGAAAAAAUCAUUCGCCGACCAUCCAGAGCUUUGGGAAAAAUACUUGGCUUACCGUAAGGACCACACCGUUUCUCAACCUAACUUCGGUCCUUCUUUCAAAAAAGCACCCGAAAAUCCGGAACCCUGCGAUGAAGAAACUAAACAAUUCGCCCUCAAUAAUAAAGAUUUGAUCUCGGUAUUUUCACCAAUAACUACUAUUGCUCCAGCACCAGCAUCAUCUCAACCAACUGUCAUCAAGACUAUUUCAGGAUCCCAGGGUGUUGGACGUAUUAAAUCAACUACUUCCAGCAUCAUGCAAUACAUCUCUGAAAAUAAACCCACUGGGUAUAGAAUGAUUUCUGGCGAGAACUUGUUCAAGGUACCUCACACUUCCUCGGCUGACUUGAACCAAUUAACUCAAAUAAAAAAAGUCCCGACUUUUCAACAAAAUCCUUGUGAAUUCUCAUUGACUGGAACCUUUAGAUUUAUUCCCUGUAAUAAUUUGAUGAACCAAGAAACUGUUGUGCAGAAAACUAUUCCUAUUAUCAAUUCCGCGGAAACAUACAAAUUCGAGAGUCCAUUUGAAUUUUCUAACGCCAACAACGGAUUUGAAAUUAAAGAAGCUGCAGACUACUAA